GAAGACUAUAAUGAGUGAGAGGAGGUGGGUUUCCCGCGUGGAGGUUCAAAGGAGGAGUCCGAGACUGAGGAGAGAAAGCCGGGCGGCACAGCAUAGCCUGGGGACGGUAUCACACCCGGAUUGUUGUCAGACUACAAAAGUUUCGCGCGCAAACCCUCGUCUCCUACACCAGUCUACUGCUCUUUACUGCUACCUGCUUCAUUUAUGAUGGAUGCUGAUGCAGAUACCGCAUCCCAGGAGGCUAUAGAAAGUAUUGCAUCUUCGCGAUCCCGUCGAACUCUUAAAGAUAAGCAUGGUCGUAAGGCUGCUUUAGACCGACUCAGGGGUUUAAAAGGCUCAAAACAUAAAUAUGAGGUUUCUGGAGUUGUGAAUGUUUAUGAUGAAGUGGAUGAACGUGAAUACUCCAAACGACGACAGGAUCGCCUUGAAGCUGACUGGAUAAUUGAUGAUGAUGGCUCUGGGUAUGUUGAAGACGGAAGGGAAAUAUUUGACGAGGACAAUGAUGGAGAUGACCUCUUCCUAUCAAAAAAAAAUAAAACUAAGGGUAAUAAGAAGAUUAAAGGAUCCAGUGAGAAAUCAUCAGGCUCAUCUGUUAGGCAUGGCACUGGAAAUAUUAAAAACAUGCUUAUCAACAUGCCAGCAAAAAAGAAAAAAGCUGAGGCCCUGGUUCGCCUUGAUGAUGACAACCUACUGGAAGACAUUCUACAGGACUUGGACAAAGAGCCAGCCACAAUCCGACCUCCACAGCCAACUUUCCUCAAGAAGAAAAUUAGCAAACCUUCUCCAUUGCCCAACAAAAGUUCAGUGAAUCCUUUUGCAAGACCUCAGAUUACUACUCCAUCACGGCCCAAAUCGUCCUCAAAACCACUCAAACCUCGCAGCAUUUCUGGAGACAAUGUUAUCAAUGGGGCCUCACCUAAGGCCAAGAGGUCACUGGACAUUAAAGAGGAAAUACCUUCUCAACACGCUAAAGAGGAAACGCCUUCUCAACAUGUUGAAGAGUUUGAUACCAUGGACCUUAUGGAUGGGGAGUUUAAUGAUGAUGAUGUAGAAAAUAUGGAGGCAAUGAUUAUUGAUGAAGAGAAGAAAGAAUCUGUAACCAUAAAUGAAGUGAAAGCAGAAAAAAUAGAAGAUGUGAAGUUAGAAAGUAAUCGAGGCUUCACGGCUAAACCACAAGUUGACGAGAGUCUACUGGCAACGGGCUGGGAAACUGUUAAGGGAGAGCUAAAGGAAACCACUUUCAACCAAGAUGUCCAGAUAGAUUCAUCUCAUCUCCCUCUCACUACUAAUGCUGACGGAGAUCAGGUAUUAAGAUUUUAUUGGUUGGAUGCAUAUGAAGAUGUCUACAAGCAACCAGGAACAGUUUUCCUUUUUGGCAAGGUGUGGGUAGAGUCAGCUCGGACUUUUGUCAGUUGCUGUGUGUCCGUUAAGAAUAAUGAAAGGAGAUUGUUCCUCUUGCCCCGGAAAAAGAGGCUGAAUCUGCAGACUAAUGAGGAAGGAGAAGACGUAAUUAUGAUGGAUGUCUAUCAAGAAUUUAACUCCACUGUAUCCAACACGCACAAAAUACUUCAGUUCAAAUCUAGAAUAGUCAACAAAAAAUACUGCUUCGAGAAAUGUGAAGUUCCAGAAGAAUCUGAAUAUUUAGAAGUUCGUUACUCUGCAGAUUUUCCGGCACUUCCGGGUGAUUUAUGUGGUGAAACCUUCAGCCAUGCUUUUGGUACUAGCUCUUCAGCCAUGGAAUUAUUUUUACUUGAUCGACGAAUCAAAGGUCCAGGGUGGUUGGAUGUAAAGCUUCCUCAGUUGUCUUCUCCAGCUGUUUCAUGGUGUAAAAUUGAGGCAGUGGCAAUGAAGCCAGACUGUGUAACCCCAAUAACAGGCUUGGCUAUACCACCAAUAGUAGUGAUGUCCUUAAGUAUGCGAUCAACCUUAAACCCAAAGACCCAUCAAAGUGAAGUGGCAAUGGUGUCUUGCCUCAUUCAUCAUGAAUUUCCUCUUGACAAAGCCCCGCCUCAGCCUCAAUUUCAGACGCAUUUCUGCUCCAUGACUCAUCCAGUGGAUGUCACUUGGCCUUGGGACCUGAAAGAUGCUCUCAGCCGAUAUCACUCCAAAGUUGAGAAGUCUGACACUGAGAGAGCUCUUCUGGGAUUCCUGCUUGCUAAGAUUCAUAAGAUAGAUCCAGAUAUUGUUGUAGGUCAUGAUAUUUUUGGCUUCGACCUGAAUGUGCUACUUCAUCGUAUCAGUGCUAAUAAGGUUCCUCAUUGGUCUCGUCUUGGUCGGCUAAGGCGAACUCAGAUGCCCAAGUUAACGGGAAAGGGAUUUGCAGAGAGGACAGCUCUCUGUGGUCGUCUUGUGUGUGACUUAAAAAUCUCAUCCAAAGAACUUAUUAGAGCUAAAAGCUAUGAGCUUGGAGCAUUAGUCUCACAAGUACUCCAUGUGCCUGAGAACCACUUCAAGUCUUUGACUGUAGAUGAAGUCAAAAAGAUGUAUGAAUCAUCGUCAAGUUUACUUCGGCUUGUGUCAUUAACCAUGCAAGAUGCUUUGUAUAUUCUUGGCCUCAUGUGCGAGUUAAAUGUACUGCCACUGGCCCUGCAAAUAACAAAUAUUGCUGGAAAUGUGAUGUCACGCACACUUCUUGGUGGUCGGUCUGAAAGGAAUGAAUUUCUCUUGCUGCAUGCCUUCACCGAAAAGAACUUCAUAGUUCCUGACAAGCAGUUUGGCAAAACAAACCAGAAGGCUGUUUCAAAUGAUGAUAUAGAGGAAGAAGAUGGAGGUGGUAAUAAGCGAGGCAAAGGUCGUCGAAAACCCGCAUAUGCUGGUGGCUUGGUGCUAGAGCCCAAGAAAGGUUUCUAUGACAAGUAUAUUUUAUUGAUGGAUUUCAACUCCCUUUACCCAAGCAUCAUCCAGGAAUAUAACAUUUGCUUUACUACAAUGAAUCGGGUGAACAAAGAGAAUGACGAAGAGAUGCCAGCUCUGCCAGACCCGGAGCUAGAGCCAGGAGUCCUACCGACAGAAAUUCGGAAGCUGGUAGAGAGUAGGAGGCAAGUGAAGCAGAUGAUGAAACAACCAGAUUUAUCCAUCGACUUGAAACAACAGUACGACAUUCGACAAAAGGCUUUGAAGUUGACGGCAAACAGCAUGUAUGGAUGUCUUGGCUUUUCUCACUCCAGAUUCUUUGCCCGUCAUCUUGCAGCACUUGUUACAGGUAAAGGGCGUGAGAUUCUACUGAACACACAGGAUCUUGUUCAAAAAAUGAAUUUUGAUGUUAUAUAUGGAGACACUGAUUCAAUCAUGAUUAAUAGCAACUGCACAGAUUACGAUCAAGUUUUCAAGCUAGGACAUAAGAUCAAAUCAGAGGUAAAUAAACUGUACAAGCUACUGGAGUUGGAAGUUGAUGGUGUGUUUAAAUACAUGCUUCUCUUGAAGAAGAAGAAAUAUGCAGCCCUCACAGUUAGUAGACUUGCAAAUGGCCAGGUGGUUGAAGAACAAGAACUUAAAGGUCUGGAUAUUGUAAGACGUGAUUGGUCGCAGCUUGCAUCUGACUGCGGAAAGCACAUUGUAACGCAAAUUCUGUCUGAUCAAGGACCCGAUGAACGCAUUGAAAACAUCCAUUCACACUUAGAGAAACUCAAAGCUGACUUAGAAGCUGGCAAGAUUGAUCUUGGCACUCUGGCUAUUACAAAGUCUUUAACAAAGAAUCCUGAAGAUUAUCCUGACAAGAAAAGCCUUCCACAUGUUCAAGUGGCUAUUAGGAUGAAUUCUCGAGGAGGGAAAAAGCUACGUCAAGGUGAUACAGUAGCUUAUGUCAUAUGCGAGGAUGGUAGCAAUUUAUCAGCUGUGCAACGAGCAUAUCACGUGGAUGAACUAAAAUCCAAUUCAUCCUUAGUGAUAGACACAAAUUUUUAUUUAGCACACCAGAUUCAUCCUGUUGUAUCUCGUCUAUGUGACCCGAUAGAGGGAACCGAUGCUGCAAGAAUUGCAGAGUGUUUAGGUUUGGAUCCUUCUUCUUAUCGAAUUUCUAGACAGUAUGGACAAGCUGAGGAGGAGGAAGAUGUAUCUGUAUCUCAGAUUUCAGAUGAAGAACGAUAUCGUAUGUGUGAGAGAUUUACAUUCAAGUGCCCAUCCCAAGACUGUGAUACAAUUAUUACUAUGGACUCAGCGUUUCGUGGCGUGGGUACCGGAACCAACCUUGAAGUGGCCUUGCAGACUUGUCCAAACCCCAAGUGCCAGUUUCAGAUAUUUACCCGUAUAGCUCCAAUUCUCAAUAAGCUAAGACUAGAUAUCAGAAAUCAUAUACAAAAAUACUACAAUGGUUGGCUUAUAUGUGAGGAUCCAGGUUGCAGUAACAGAACUCGACGAAUACCUUUACACUUCUCUAGGGGUUUUCCUGUAUGUGAUUCGUGUGAACGAGGUGUUCUCUUUAGAGAGUAUACUGAAUCUCAGCUGUACAAACAGCUGUGCUUCUAUGAUUUCAUCUUUGACUUCCAGAAAGCAUGCCAGAAGAAUAAAGAUGAGCGCAUUCGAGAAGAAAAUCUCCGCAAAGUAUACAACGUUCUCCAUUCAGAAGUACAACGGACACUGAAGCAGAAUGCUUACUCGGUAGUUGACCUUACUAGGCUCUUUGAAAAUUUGAUGGCCAAGCCUCAAGUGAGAAGUUCUUGAGUAAAGAAAAAUAUUGUAUAUAGAAUUUAUUUUUAUUAUUUUGAACUUGUUAGAAGGAAAUUUCAAGUCCACUCCUGUACCACUUUGCACCCCAUGUUUCUGGCUGUUGCUGUCAUCUUAUCAAAGAAAUUGUGUGUCAGCCGCUAAACAGUCAAUACGGGAAUGUCAUUUGUAAAUAAUGUAUGUACUGUAAUAGAUCAUCGUCAAGUCAAGUUAGUUAAGUUUGAUGUCUAAUAUAUGUAAUCAUUAUUUCAUUUUAAUCUUGUAUAAUAUUUUAAAGUACAAUAUAUAUUAGAAAGAUUCUUUUCUUCUCAGCUUUUCCUAUAUAUUUCUACAAUAUUUUUCACCUUUUAUCAUCUUGUCAACUAUGUAAACAUGUUGACACCUCUGGUAAUAAUGCUAAGGCCCGGCCCUCCAUGAAGAAGAAAUAUAGCCAUCAGGGUCAGGAGAAAAUCUUCAGAUUUGACCUUGAGGUUGUUUAAGUAUUUUGUAAUUCCACCCUAUUUCUUAUUUUUUUUAAGUAAUAAUUUAUCAAUUUUAUUAAUAUUUGUAGAUACGAUUAAAUUAGAAACUACAUGACUUGCGCCCAUGUAUAAUAACAAUUAAUAUUUUAGCACUGUUCCAGCUGUUAAAAGUAAAGGUGUACUAAAGAUAUAGCUAAGAUUUCUAUUUGAAUUACAACACAGGUUCAGAAACAGGAUAUUUAUUGUUCAAGGGUCCUCAGUUCUCAUGAUCUUAUCACCUGACUUAGUGAGUGAACAUUUUCCUCAUUUGUCUUCUAAGCCUCGUGGGAGAAAGCUGUAAUGAUGUGCAAGGCCUCUUUAUUAUUUUGCAAGUCUUCUGAAAGUAGUGGCAAUAUCACCCUCAUAUUCACUCGUCAGAGGUAGUAGUUUGUGUGUGUGUGUGCCAAUCAAAUAAUAGACCAAUAUAUUUUAAUUUUUUUAAGUUCAACAAUCAUCGUGAAAAUAUACUGAAACCAUGUAUUUUGCCAAGUGCCAGUGAUCUUUAGUCAUUCAGGUCUGUGGAGAUUUAAUUUGAAUUUACACUCUUAUUUUUUCUUCUCCAUAUCAAUUCUUUGCAUUGUUGAUUGGGAAAUUGCACCUUUGAUAUAUCCUUUUCUACGUGAUAUUGGUCUGCUUGCGCAAUACCCCAGAUAUGCAUGUGUUUGGCUAAAUAGUAGCAGGAAAGAAGAGGGAUUCGCCAAUGAUGUGAAUGGCUCAAGAAUCAAAGAUCCGGGGUGAACUUCCAGACAGUGUGAGGAGUACUCGCAGCUAGGAAGUGACCUCUGGUCUUCCUGUAUAGGUUCUCAAACAUUAUUGAAGCAAUAUUCUCAAUUUGGAAACUAUCCAAGUUCAAUUUGAUAUUUUUUGUGGUAGCUGGUCUGAGUGAGGGAUCAGCCAGAUUAUACCACUGACUGGCACCUUCAGUAAACUUGAUCAUUCAUCCAUAUAGGCUCUCAAGAGUGCUCUGGAAGAAACUUUCCGCCAGUUCAUGAGCAGUAGUGCAUGAGGAUUGGAACACAGGUUGACUGUGUUCCAAUCAGUUGACUCAACUGUCAACUGAUUGACAGUAGAGAGGCAGGCCGAAAGAACAGAGCUAAACCCCCGCAAGCACAACUAGGUGAAUACAGGUCAUGCUUCCUGUGUUGCUUUGCACAUACUGUAUUUAUUUCCUCAAGUCUGAAUGAGGAAGUUGGUUCUGUUAACACUUAAGGGGGGUUAAGGUUGGGCACUUUCAUGAGUACUGACUUCAGAUCACAUUUACUUUUUCAGCCUAAAGUGUGUUCAUUUUAGGUAAUAAGUUAGUCUAACCAAAGUGAGUCACCUGAGAAUGUACAGGACAACGUGGGAUUCCUAACCCUCGUAUUUUUCUGUUCUAUCCUCGUCAUGAUUUUUUUUUACAAUCUAAAAUUGUGGUCUAGUAAUUCCAAUAAAACCCCAAGGUGGUAAGCACUAUACUAUUAGUGGGGACAAUGGUCGAUUCUCAUGUUUGUGUGGGUUUCAAUGCAUCUAUAAUCAAUUAAAUUAGAUUAUUUCACUCUUGGAAGAGUUAGAGUAUAUUUCUGUGACUAUUAGCUACAGUUCUGCUUGCAGGAAUUUUGCCAGAAUGCCAUCAUCUAGAAACCAGAUGAUAAGCUCUUGGGUAAAUCAACUUGUGAAUUAACGUGAUUCUUCCCAAGUGAUAGUAUCAACUUCUUGUCCUCACCAGCUGAAAUAAUGCUAGAGAUAAACCUUCAAUACCGCAUUUCAUUUUACCAAUUAAAAUGUGUUUUUGAAAUUUAAUUUAAUAAUUUUUCAGGGAGGUCUUUGAUAUUGGCCAAUACAAUAUGGGCCAAAAACAAUAUUUUUACAUGUAAAAUGUUGUGAAUGUUUUAAUUAUAGUUUGUUACAUGUUAAUUGGAGACACAAUUCCCUUAAACAGGAUCAUUAAAAAGUAAUAAAAAAAGUUGUACUAGUUAAGAAGUCAUAUGGCAGUUAAUGUAUACAGUAGUGUGAAAAUAAUGUAACCCUCCUUCCCCCAAAGUAUACUUCCAAGGGCUUCAUUGACUGGUACUGUUUAUCAUGUACAGUAUAGUGGGUUGGCUUACAUAAGAUUUUUUAGCAAAACAUUUUGUCUUUUACACAAGAUUUGAAAUUUAAAUUGCUUUGAUGUAUAAUUCUAUUCAUAUUUUUAUUUGUUUUAUUGUAUUUCAUGCAUAUAAAUGCAUUGAAUGCUGGUGAUGUAAAUAUGUCCAGGGUUUUAUGAUAUUUGUAGGGAAACUUAAUUUUGCUAGAAUUAUUUUGCGUGCAUUUAUGUAUGUAUGAGUGUAAAUAAUAUUGAGAGACAAAAUAAUGAUGGUACGGGAGUUGAGAAAAGAGAGUGUAUACUCCCAACCCUGACAGAUGUAACUAAAAGUUGGGUGUAGAAAGUAGCAGGGUUUUCAAGAGUGCGGGAAAUUUACUUUUAGUGUGCUGGUGUAUGUUUACAGGAAGGGUAUGGUAAUGAUAUACAUUAUAUGAAAAGGGUGAGGGAAUGAAAUGUGGAGGCUGUAAAGCACAAUACACUUAAGUGGUAAAGACAUGUUAAGUAGAUGACAGAUUUGUGUAACAUAAGUGUACAAGAGUGAAAUUUGAAAAUCAUAUAGUAAAUUCAGAUGCUUAAUAUCUUUGAAUUGGAGACUGGAACUGUAUAUGAAAAAUAGGAUAUAUAUAUAUUUAUAAUUUAUAUGCUGUAGCACUGAAAAUAUUAAUACAGUAUCUUAUUUUA